UUUCAGACCAAAUCUAACGCGGAAGUUGCUACCCAGCGAACGUGAGUCCGCGUGAGUUUUGACAUGACGCUGGACGAGUAGCGGCGGUGACAGCGACCGCAGGAACACGCUCCGAGCCCGGCUCUCCUGCCUUCCGGACCCCGGCACCAACUCACAGAUGGCGUCCCUGCCCAGCGCCGAGAGGCGAGCCUUUGCCUUGAAGAUCAACAGGCAUUCGUCUGCAGAGAUUCGGCGAAACUUCAGUGGCAGCUUUGGCUUCCAUCAUAGCAGAAGCAACUCCAAUGCCUCUGCCACCAUGAGCCUUGCGGUGCCACAGUCCUAUGAAGCGGUGGAACCUCUGGACUUGGAGGAGUUCUUGAUGUCGCAGCUACGGAGCGGAGAUUCUGCCCUGAUUCAGGAAUUCGGGGACUUCCCUGAUGAUGACCUGAAGGUGGAGCUGGUGGAGAAGGAGUGUCGGACUGUUCGACACUCUGUGCCUGAGGAUGGAGUGGAGCUGGAUCCUCACGUGAGAGACUGUGUGAAGAGUUACACUCAGCCGUGGUUGGUUGUAACCAGAAGGUGCCAGGGCGAUGGCUGGGGCGCGUACUCGGAGCGAUCCGGGCUCCACAAACUUCUUCGGAAACAGAUAUUUCAGUCGGAUGUACCGACUGAAAAGCAGCACGAACCGGUCAAGUCCCCAACUCUAGAUGGGCUGAGUGAUGACUCUGGCCGCACGCUGACCUCUUCAGACUUUAACCUUCGGUGUUUGACCCCGGACCCCAGAGUGGAAGGCCUGCUGGCCUUCAGCAACCAUGAGGAACUGGACCACUUCCACCAAGAGGCACGACAAGGGAACCGACACCCAGAGCUUUUUGCACUUUACCCACCUGCCGACGAGGAAGACGCAGUUGAGAUCAGACCCAUACCGGACUGUCCGAAGGAACACUCUGGAGAUCGCAUCUUGAUCCGUUGCCAGGCAGUCAAAUUUGAGAUUGACAUCGAACCAAUCUUCGCCACGAUGGCGUUGUACGACUUGAAAGAGAAGAAGAAGAUAUCAGAGAACUUCUACUGCGAUCUAAACUCAGAACAGUUUAGAAACUUCCUGAAAGGUCACACUCCGUACGUGGAUCAGUCCUCGCAGGCCAGAUCUGCCAUUUUCUCCGUCACCUACCCGUCCCCAGACAUCUACCUGGUGAUCAAGAUUGAAAAGGUUCUGCAGCAGGGUGAGAUCAGUGACUGUGCUGAACCAUACAUGACCUUGAGGGAGUGUGACACUGCCAAGAACAAGGACAAGCUGGACAAACUCCGUGGCCAGGCCGAGGCAUUCUGCCACAGGUUGGGUCGCUACCGCAUGCCCUUCGCCUGGGCGACCGUCAACAUCAUGGAGGUCAUCAGCACAGCUACCCCCGAACGUGACGUCACCGAUGGCGACAGCUUCAGAGGAGGCAAAUCCAGCAGCAUUGAUCGCAAGACGCAACUUCCUCGUAGGAAUUCAGAACGUUUCAACACCUUCGACGAUCAAGUGUGCAACAUUUCCGCCUUCAAACCCGCCACCAUCACUAUCAGCACCAUCUUCAAACAGGAGGGUGAUCGUUUGAGUGACGAAGAUUUGCUCAAGUUCCUCUCUGAAAUAAAGAAAACCUCCACCCCCCAGAGGAGGAUCAGAACAAUACCAGGUUCCAUCAAGCUGGACAUGUCUCCGCUGCAAGACCUGCCACAAGCCUGUCUGUCCACCGAGCUCAUCCCGCUCAUACCUGUGGCUGAGAAGAACAUCCGGUGUGUCAAAGAGGUGCUGGAGUUCCCCUCCAGUGAGGUCUACGUGCCUCACAACAUCUACAGGAAUCUGCUCUACAUCUACCCGCAGAGGUUGAAUUUUGUCAGCAGACUGACGUCAGCACGAAAUAUCACUGUCAAAAUUCAAUUUAUGAGUGGAGAGGACCCGAGCACCGCUCUUCCUGUAAUUUUUGGAAAAUCGAGUGGCCCUGAAUUCCUUCAAGAGGUUUACACUCCGGUCACCUACCACAACAAGUCGCCAGACUUUUACGAGGAAGUGAAGAUGGUUCUUCCAGCCCGCCUGACCGAGAGGCAUCACCUUCUGUUUACCAUCUACCACAUCAGCUGCCAGCAGAAGCAGAACCAGAGCGGCAGCUGUGAAACGCUCAUUGGAUACUCGUGGCUUCCAAUCUGCAACAAUGACCGACUCCAGAUCGGACAGUUCUGUCUCCCCAUCAUCUUGGAACGACUCCCUUUGAACUACUCACUGCACUCACCUGAGAAGCUUCCUCAGCAGAUUCCUCCUGUCAAGUGGAUGGAGAGUCAUAAAGGACUCUUCAACCUGGAGGUGCAGGCUGUUUCUUCUGUGCACACUCAGGACAACCACUUGGAGCGCUUCUUCACCCUCUGUCACGCUCUGGAGGGCGGGGCGACCUUCCCGCUGCGACUGAGGGAUGAUAAGAUUCCGGAGAACAAGCUGGAGCAUGAGCUGAAGCUCAGCAUCAUUUCCCUGUCCUCGUCCAGCUUAGAGCCGCUGGUUCUGUUCCUGCACCUGGUGCUGGACAAGCUGUUCACACUCAUCAUGCAGCCCAUGGUCAUCGCCGGUCAGACUGCUAAUCUGGCCCAGAUUGCCUUCGAAUCCGUUGUGUCCAUUGUAAACAGCCUUCACAACAGUCAGGAGCUGGUUCGAGACCAGCAGGGCAGGAACAGCCUGUUGGCCACCUAUCUGUACUGGGUGUUUCGACUUCCGGACCCUCCUACAGACAUGCAGAAUGGGUCCGGUGGUACUGCAGGUUCAGCAGAAGGCCGCUACAGCACCAUGGGUCGGGCCACAGCUGCUUCUGUCGGUAACAUGCUGCUUCAGUCCAGGAUCCGCAGCAGCAGCAACCCUGAUAUUCCUGCUCCACACACAUCUGCUGAAGACCAAGAGGUCAAGAACAUCCUCUCUGCAAAGGGUCUCAAUGUCCCAGGCAGCCGCAUGUCUACCUAUGUGGAAGUAAACAGCAGUCAGAACGCCUCAGGAAACACCAGGCCCUCCAACAGAAAGCAGUUUCAUGAGGAGCUCGCCCUUCAGAUGGUGGUCAGCACUGGGGUCUGCAGGGAGAACGCAUACAAAUAUGCGUGGUUCUUCUUCGAGCUGUUGGUCAAAAGUAUGGCUCAGCAUGUGUCUCAUCUGGACAAGCAACACACCCCCAGGAGGAGCCGUUUUUCGGACAGAUUUAAAGAUGACAUCACCACCAUUGUCUCAGUGGUCACUGCAGAGAUCGCCACUAUCCUUGUGAAGCAGCAAAAGGAGGUUGAGCAAGCAGAGAAGGUAAACAUCAGUCUGGCCUUCUUCCUGUACGACCUGCUGUCUCUCAUGGACCGAGGAUUCGUCUUCCAGCUGAUUAAAAACUACUGCAACCAGAUGUCAGCCAAGAAUAUCUCCAUGCCGACGUUGAUCAGCAUGCGUCUGGAGUUCCUGCGGAUCCUCUGCAGUCACGAGCACUACCUGAACUUGAGUCUGUUCUUCAGCAGCCCAGCUUCUGCUCCAGCGUCUCCAUGUCCAUCCAUCUCCUCGCAGAGCUCUGGUUCAUGUAGUUUCCACGAGCAGCAAAGGAUCUUGGGGCUCUUUGAGCUUUCCCCAGAGUUUAAGCAUCAACAUUACCUGACUGGCCUGCUGCUGACGGAGCUCAGCGCUGCUCUGGACAUAGAGUCAGAAGGUGGGAAGGUCCAGAGGAAGUCCAUCAAUGCCAUUUACAGUCUGCUGUGCUCUCACGAUCUGGACCACCGCUGCAUCAAAACUGACGUCAGGGCCAAGGUGGCGGCUCUCUACCUCCCUCUGGUGGGCAUCAUCAUCGACUCCACCAACUACCUGGAUUUCACCGUUUCAGAUUCACGUGGUGGGAAAAACAAGACGGGCGGACCCGAGGAUGACCUUGAGAGUGCGACACCCAUCAAUCAGUAUGUUGCCAUGGCGAUUGCUGGUAACCCAUUCAGCACGCUGGGGAGGAAUGCCCUUGUUUCUAUGGCAUCUAUGCAUAGUAAGUCUGUGGCCACCCUCGCUGCUGACACCAGUCGCCACCUGCUGGUGUGUUUCCUCUGGGUGAUGAAGAACGCAGACAGAAGCCUGAUUCAGCGCUGGACCAUCGACAUGCCUCCAUCACAACUCAACAAACUGCUGGAGCUGCUGACCAUCUGCGUGUCCUGCUUUGAGUACAGGGGACACCAGAGCAGUGACAAAGUGAGCACCCAGGCGUUCGCGAAAUCUCAGCAGGCAAAGCUGCAACUGGAACAAGCCCUGCUGGGAGGGAUUGGAGCCGCAGGGAAGAUGAUGCGGCGAGUUGGAGGGAUGGAUAGAACUUUGGGUCAAAGAGAGAAUCUGCGAUGGAGGAAAGAUCUGACUCAGUGGAGGCAGACCAAUGACAAACAAGAUAAGACAAAAGCAGAGCUGGAUCAGGAGGCUCUGAUCAGCGGGAACUUGGCCACCGAGACGAACCUCAUCGUUUUGGACCUGCUGGAGACCAUCGUGCAGGCGGUGCCCUUGGCCGACUGUAAGGACAGCGUGGUUGGUGGAGUGCUGAAAGUGCUGCUUCACUCUCUCACCUGCAACCAGAGCACGACAUUCCUCUCUCAUACGUUCAGCACAUUGAGGUCACUCGUUGUCAAGUUUGGAGAGCUGCUGUUUGAAGAGGAAGCAGAGCAGUGUGCAGACCUUUGCCAAAAGGUACUUCAGUACUGCAGCAGCCCUGUGGAUGAGAACAGGAGUCAGGCAUGCGCCACGCUGUACCUCAUCAUGAGAUACAGCUACAGCAACGCCAGCAACUUCUCCAGGGUGAAGAUGCAAGUCACCAUGUCUCUGGCCUCGCUGGUGGGAAAGUCCUCAGACUUCCAGGAGGAGUACCUGAGACGUUCACUUCGGACUAUCCUGGCCUACGCAGAGGAGGACACUGAGAUGCAGAGCACACAGUUGCCCUCACAGGUGGACGAGCUCCUGAGGAAUCUGAACAGCAUCUUAUCUGACACGGUCAAGAUGAGGGAGUUUCAGGAGGAUCCGGAGAUGCUGAUGGAUCUGAUGUACAGGAUAGCAAAAGGCUACCAGACGUCUCCUGACCUCCGGCUGACCUGGCUGCAAAACAUGGCAGAGAAGCACAACAACAGGAAAUGUUACACUGAGUCGGCCAUGUGUCUGGUUCAUGCUGCUGCCCUGGUGGCCGAGUACCUCAGCAUGCUGGAGGAUCACAAGUACCUCCCUGUCGGCAGCGUUACCUUCCAGAGCAUCUCGUCCAACGUACUGGAAGAGUCUGCGGUAUCAGAUGACAUCCUGUCCCCUGACGAAGACGGGGUGUGUUCAGGACGCUACUUCACGGAGAGUGGGCUGGUGGGACUGUUGGAGCAGGCUGCAGAGCUUUUCAGCAACGGUGGGCUGUAUGAGGCGGUGAACGAAGUCUACAAGAUUAUAAUACCAAUCCUGGAGGCUAACAGGGACUUCAGGAAGCUGGCAUCCACUCACGACAAACUACAGAGAGCUUUUGAUAACAUCAUUCAGAAGGGCCAUAAGAGAAUGUUCGGAACAUAUUUCCGGGUGGGUUUUUACGGGGCCAAGUUUGGAGAUCUGGAUGAACGAGAAUUCAUUUACAAGGAGCCGGGCAUCACACAUCUACCUGAGAUUUCUCAUCGUCUGGAGAACUUCUACAGUCAGUGUUUUGGGGACGACACUUUGGUGAUGAUUAAGGACUCCACGCCAGUGGACAAAAAACAACUCAACCCAAACAAGGGUUACAUUCAGAUCACCUAUGUGGAGCCGUACUUCGACGACUACGAAAUGAAGGAUCGUCUGACCAAUUUUGAGAAGAACUUCAACCUGCGGCGCUUCAUGUACACGACGCCUUUCACCAAGAGCGGGCGGCCGAGGGGCGAGCUGAACGAGCAGUACAAGAGGAAAACCAUCCUCACCACCAUGCACGCCUUCCCCUACAUCAAGACCCGCAUCAACGUCAUCCAGAAAGAAGAGUUUGACCUGACUCCCAUUGAAGUGGCGAUAGAGGACAUGCAGAAGAAGACGAGAGAGCUGGCUGUCGCCACACACAGAGAACAGCCGGAUGCUAAAAUGUUGCAGAUGCUGCUGCAGGGCUCAGUGGGCACUACAGUUAACCAGGGACCCCUGGAAGUGGCCCAAGUCUUCCUGAAUGAGAUCCCAGCGGACCCCAAGCUCUUCCGUCACCACAAUAAACUGCGCUUGUGUUUCAAAGAGUUUAUCAUGCGGUGCGGUGAAGCCGUGGAGAAGAAUAAGCACUUGAUAACGCCGGACCAGCAGGAGUACCAGAAGGAGCUGAGGAAGAACUAUAAUCGCCUGCGAGAGAACCUGCGACCCAUGCUGGAGAGGAAGAUCCCCGAGCUGUACAAGCCCAUCAUCAGACCUCGGCUGGAGAACAGGGAUUCCUUCAAACGCCUGAGUUUCCGCAGAAAUCAGGAAGAGAACGCUUGAGACGGCACAAGAAGGCUGAAGCUGCAGAGGGGUGACAUGGUACUUCUCCUGGUUAGAGAAACUGGUACUUUUCGGCCACCAAAUAGACAGUCAGGGUUUUAACAACUGCACGAGAGGUACAGUGAUCUCACCAAGCCUUGAAGCGCUGCAAUCCUCACAUGAUCACAACCCCUGAAAAUGCUGCGUUUCCUUGAACUUCACUUCGAAGAAAACUGGAGUUUUCUUUCAGGUCCUAGCUGGCUCGGGCCGACGUGAGUGCCAAUUGUCUGUGGAGCUCAAGAAAGGUGCUUUGAGUCAGUGAUGAUACAUGUUUUGAACCACUGAAAUCCCAACUACCUAUUACGAGCUGGAGGAUUGUACACUGGAUACGAUAGACACCUCCUUAUAACAGCUGUACUGCUGGUGAGCUGCACAGGACUGGGUAGCAUCAUUGUUAAAUUAUGAAGAGUUCUCCAAUGUUUCACAAGCAAUAGAUUUUAGCCUUGUCAAAAGUCACAUUUGUACAUAGAGAUAAUAUAGAAAAAAAAAUAUAUAUAUCAAAGAUGGAUGGGCUCUAUUUUGAAAAUGCUUUUUUUUGUUUUCUAUAAAUUGCAAUAACAAUGAGUCAGUAUAGAUGUCUACGAUGAUGUCCAGUCAUUUCUGUGUAUAAUAAUGCAAAUUCCCUGCUAUUUACUUGAGAUACUUCUGACCUUCUUUGGACACAUGUUUACUUAGAGUGAGCAUUCCUUGUUUGGCCAAAUGACACCACAGUGUUUUUGAUAGAAGACAGAUUUCAUCGAAAACAUUUGAGCACUGUUGCAGAAAUGGGUCUCUAAGUUAUUGUUUUUGUACCACUGUUGCCCCAAAGUAUUGUAAUAAAUGACUAAAAAAAACCCUCAAACUGUCGAAUUUCUUUGAUUUUACAACUUUAUUGCAUUGAUUCGUCGUCAUGUCAUAUUUAUUUGAGAGGGUUUCAAUCCAGCUGAAGGUGUCACACAUUUGGACUGAAACGGUUGCCUCAGGUGAGCAGGAUGUUUCUUGGGAUAGGGAAAUGCUUU